CCGAGGAACAGCGCGCCCCCGAGAAAAGCACGGAGUCGUUUUAGUUACUGAAUGCUUUACCCAAAUGGAACACAAAUCUGCGUUAUUAUGAUAUACCUUUGCCCAUGACCAACCACCGCAUUCAGAACAUUGAAUCUUAAGCCUGCAAAGUAUUGGGAAUAUAAACCUUUUUCUCGUUUUGUAGGAAGCGUACUAGAGGGGUUCCGGUGACGGAUUGUUUUUUCUGUCAGGAAAUUGGUUGCAUUAAAGAUUCAUUUUACUUUAUGUCGGUGAGCAUCAGUACCUGAACUUAUGGAAUAUCUUUCCCUCAUGUCUUCUGAACAGUUGGGGCAUGUUUAUCACUUCUAUUGCACAAAGAAAAUACAAUUUUUUCCACUUUUGUUGAGUUCUACAACUGCAUAUCGGGCACCGCGGAGAUGGUAAAAGUUCAGUUAUGCGCACGAUAUAUUUUCUCGACAAAACCAUCCGAUCAUAACUUGUUAUCGAUGCAAGUUUAUUAAUUGUGUGUGGUGAACUAUGUGUUGCAUCCGUCUCCUAGAAUUUUACACCAUUAUUCCGACAAGAAUAGCCUGCUUUCGUAUAGUUAAAUCUUCAUCUCCCAUCUCCACCAUGUUGUGUGUUGAAUUACAUUUUUUUCACCUGAUUUCUUUGUUAUAAAAAGUCUGGCGCUUGUUUGCAGUUUAUGGAUUAAUACUAAUUAUUCUGUAUAGAGAUGGAACAAUACAGUUAGGAGAGAAUACGGGCAUAGAACAAAAAGGAAAAAUCUGCAAAUUUAGCAGGAAAAGAGGCCAUAAAAAUCACGGAAAUCGCUUCGUCCUUUUCCUUUGGUGUACUGUUACACUGUUACAAAUGGAUUUCAUAAAGGCAACACGGUUAUUGUUACACCUUUUGUGUUAAUUCACCCUUUCCAUGCUGACAAAAUGUCACUGGGAAAUAUUGAUUAUUGAAUAGAGAGAAUUAUCAUGGCCUACGUUUGUUUUUUCUAUUCCAGGCUGUAAGUUGGGCGUCUUGUUCCACAAUGAAAUGCCAUCAGACGUUUUUCUUUUUUGAUAAAGUUUGGAAAUAUGGGCAAGUUGUCGAACGUUUUUGUGGUGACGGAAGGUUGACACUUUUCUUUUUGGUAACUUUCUGAGCGCAGUCUAAUGUAUCGGAUUUUGGACUAUAUUUCUGUUAAAUUAAUUUUGCAUCAGAGAAAUCCAAAUGUCUACGCAUGUACAGUGACGAUCUCGAUGUGAGGACAUUGUGUUUUCUAGGCCUACUGCUCAUUAGAAUUUAUAUUUAUUGGCUAGUGCGUAACAAACUUUCGUGGACCAGCGCGCGCACCAGUGCCCCCGCACCUGGGGGCAACCCCACCAUGGCGCCCUCAUCCCUCAGUAUCUCCGUGUGGUUGUGUGAGUGAAUCAACAACAACAAAGACUGGGGAUCAAAGCUGAGGAUGAUGCUCUGGAGAUAACGGUUCGAAUUGACGCUGCAGCAUCUCUCCUGAGCGACCCAGUGAGAAGUUGAACCAGGACCCCCGCUAGUGGGAACGGCUCUCAUCCUCCAGAAGGAGGUUAAUCACCAGGGCAACGGCACAGGCUGUUGAUGGGUGCCACUGCAGAGUGAGGAGUCUGAAGAUCUGCAGUUCUCUGAAGGCUGUUGGCUCAGACAUCGCCAAAAUGAAUGAGCGCCAGGCUCUCCACUCCAUAAUGAAGGACCUGGUGGCCCUCCAGAUGACGAGGCGCCAGCCUGUGCCCUCUUAUGACACGGGAAAACCCAAGACUCUGCCCAACCCUGCCCCUGCUCCUGCUAAGAGACAGGACGAUGUCAGAAUAAAGUUUGAGUUCAGUGGAGAGAGGAGGAUACUGAUGUUUGGGAGGCCUGUGCAGUUUGAAGAAAUCCAGCAGAAGGUCAAGACAGUCUUUGGCCAACAGCUAGACUUGCACUAUAUGAACAAUGAGCUGUCCAUCCCUCUGCGUGGUCAGGAUGACCUGGACAAGGCCAUUGACCUGCUGGACCGCAGCUCCAAGAUUAAGAGCAUCAAGAUCUUGCUGCUGACGCAGGAGCAGUGCAAUGCCUCCCCGUCCCACUCUCCCUCUCCCUCUCCCUCCUCCCACCACACGGUGAGUAAGCAGGUGAGGAUCAAAGCCCAGUCCACGGGGGAUGUCAGCACGGUGUACCAGCCCUCCGAGCCCAGGGGGCGCCACCUCUCCACCAGCUCUCAGAACACAGGCCGUAGCUCCCCCCCUCCUGGCUAUGUCCCUGAACGGCAGCAGAGGAUCGCCCGCCAGGGCUCCUACACCAGCAUCAACAGUGAGGGAGAGUUCAUCCCAGAGAGCGACCAGUGUGUGCUGGACCCCUGGAGCAGUGCAGAGAACUCUGUCUCAGGAAGCUGCCAGUCGCUGGACAGUAGCUCAGACAGCCCCUCCCUGAGGAAGUCACGCAUGCACCGAGCUAAGAGCUACCCUGAUAACCGGCAGCAGGAGAACGUCUCAGACCGGGAGAACCAUGUGUAUGAUAAGGUGGUAGGGAAGGGAGGGACAUACCCCCGCAGGUACCAUGUCUCCCUGCAUCACAAGGACCAUAGUGAAGGUCGGAGGACGUUCCCACGGAUCCGUCGCCCCCAGGGUAACCUGUUCACCCUGGUGCCCUCACGGCGCUCCCUCAAUGGCAGCGAGGAGAGUCUGGGCAGCUGGCAGCUAGUGGACAAGCAGGGCAGGCUCCGCCCACAGGAGCGUCCCGUCGCCCACAAGUCCCCCAGUGCUCCAGUGACAUGGAGGCGGGGCAAGCUGCUGGGUCAGGGGGCGUUUGGGAGGGUUUACCUGUGUUACGAUGUGGACACGGGACGGGAGCUGGCCGCCAAGCAGGUGGUGUUUGACCCGGACAGUCCUGACACCAGUAAGGAGGUGAGUGCUCUGGAGUGUGAGAUCCAGUUGUUAAAGAACCUCCACCACGAACGCAUCGUCCAGUACUACGGCUGUCUGAGGGACCACAACGAGAAGACCCUCACCAUCUUCAUGGAGUACAUGCCAGGGGGUUCAGUCAAAGACCAGUUGAAGGCCUACGGGGCGCUGACGGAAAACGUGACCCGGAAGUACACACGGCAGAUCCUGGAGGGCAUGUCCUAUCUGCACAGCAACAUGAUCGUUCACCGUGACAUCAAAGGUGCCAACAUCCUGCGGGAUUCGGCGGGAAACGUGAAGCUGGGAGAUUUUGGCGCCAGCAAGAGGCUGCAGACCAUCUGCAUGUCUGGCACGGGCAUCCGCUCUGUCACUGGCACCCCCUACUGGAUGAGCCCCGAGGUGAUCAGCGGGGAGGGCUACGGCAGGAAGGCUGACGUCUGGAGCCUGGGCUGCACAGUGGUGGAGAUGCUGACAGAGAAGCCUCCCUGGGCUGAAUACGAGGCCAUGGCGGCCAUCUUUAAGAUCGCCACCCAGCCCACCAAACCCCUGCUGCCCUCACACUCCUCGGACCACACCCGUGACUUCAUCCACUGCAUCUUUGUGGAGGCCAAGCACCGGCCCAGUGCUGAGGAGCUGCUCAGACACCCCUUCUCCCAGAUCCUCUGCUGAGGGGAAGUACUAGUACACUCUCUCUGUCUCGACCGCUCCUCAGGACUCAUGGUCUACAGCAGACAUCUAGACUCUAGACUUGGAAUUUGGAACAUGGCCCUGUCCAUCCUACAGCUCUCUCCCCAAACCAGACUCACCUCUAGUCAGACUCGUACCUUAACCCACAACAACACAUGAUCCAUUAUUAUGGAUAAUAGCACAGUGCCAUUAUUCCAAGCUGUUAAUGACCUUUAUCAAAUUCACCUCUAACUUCCCCCACUAGAGGGAGCUAUAUGACUGAUCAGUCUUCAGCUGUCUGCUGUGGAGAACUGGUCCCACCAACUCCACAUGAACUGUAGCUAUUCAGCUAUCACCUUGGUGGUCUGUGAGAGGAUCAAACACGCGCGCACACACACACACACACACACACACACACACACACAGACACUCCAAACAAAUCUAAUCUAUUAUAUGUGGUUCAGGAUGGGAUUUGAUCAAGCAUGUCCACCGAAUGUGCCUUUUAAAAAUGCCAGAGUGUCCCCUCCUAAGUUUACAUUCUCUAGAUGGGCUGGGUGAGACCCCUGAGAUAAUGAACUGUUUCAUAUGGGACUUACAGUAAGCUUGAGCAGAGCAGUGUCUGGUCUACUUAGGCCAAGCCAGCAGACCCACAGUCACAGCACAGUGCUUCAACAUGCUGACUGAUGAAACCAACAGAUGCACCACUCAGUGUUAUUGAGAACGGAUGGAUUUAUUUUUCACUUUCUCCUCGGAUCCGUCUCUGAAAUUCUUUGUAUUUUUGAGAAAGUGCCUCUUUAUGGUUUUGAAGACUCACGGUCCCUGAUGGAAGCCCAUGCUGAUCUGUCCUGUCCUCACCAUACAACAGGGAACCAGAGCCAUCAGUGUUUUUGUUUUAUUAUGACCUUUACAGUAGACCAUUGUGAUGACUGUGCCUUAUACUCCAACCCUCCGCUACAGCCCCUCAGUAUGACAGCCCAGUGUUUUCUGAGUGUACCAAAAAUGACUGAUUUCAUUCAUGAAGGGGUUGGUUUCCAGUUUGGUUGGAGGAUAUGCUAACUACACAAUAUGACAAAUGAUAUUGUACUUUGUGAUUGAAAGAGAGAUUUUCUUUUAGUCCUAGACAAAUACAAUCCUAAUGCCUUGAUUUGAAAGUGAGUUGCCAUUAGGUUUACCGGCUUUCUAUGUGUUGACAGGUGUAUCUAGGAAAACGCUACGCCAAACAGUGGAACUCUGCCAUUUAGGAUUCAUUUGAGUCAGAUGCACUUUUAUGUAAAAUUAAUGUUGUUGGUUAUUGUUCGCCUUACGAAAGUAACUUUAAAAAAAAACGUUUAAUGUGACAUUUCUUUCACUUUUAUUUAUAUCCCUGUGUUCAUCCAUUUCUGUUUUUUUUCUAUAUUCAAAUAUAUAUAUGUAUAAAUAUAUUUUUUAUAUAUUGACUCUAGACAAUUUGAAAUCUAAUGAUGAUGCAUUUAGACCUAUGAGGUAAAUGAUGCCGUUCGAAAUGAUAAAUUGUGAAAGCAGCUGGUUUUGCAGAAAUUACAACAUUGGGGUUUAUUAGUGAAAAACUUUGGGUGGAAAACGACCUCUGGCAAUCUUACCUGGUCUCUGCUCCAAAACAAGAAACGUAUCCACAUUCACAUGCUUUAUUAUAUGGCAAAACUUUUCCAUUGGACCCUUUCAGUUGGACUGCCCUGUCAAACCUCUCACAGUUUCAAUACUUAUUUUAACAAGGCCACAGCCUAUGAGUUAAAGGCUACUAAAGUUUCUCCAUAUUUCUCCUUGCUUGCGUGAUGUGUGGGAAAUAGAGGGGAAGUAUAUGAAGUCUCCUUUUAAGAGUAUGCACUAGAAUGCUGUGUCUCACCAGAAUAACCUUCUCUUAGUGUCAUUCUUGCUGAGCAGAGAGACUGAAUGUGUGCGUUAGUUAGACUGAGCUGAGCAGGGACAGGGAUGGAUGAGUUCUGAUCAGGUGGAUGCCAGAGACCGGGGUUCCAAACAACAUGACGACUUUGUUUAGCUCAGGGUUCAAGAGACCGACCGGUGCCCAAUGUCUGGGGCCCUCCACACUGAGCGAAGGACUUUCUACAAUUACCUUAUUUUGGUUUUAUUUUCCAUUUAUUGUCCUGACCUUUUCAAUGUGACUGGCUCUAAAAUACUUUCUUAAGUGAAUCAAAUGGAUAUCAUGUGACUGCUAGAUGUUAAAGAAGGCAGCUAAGAAUCAGUUCAGUAUUAGAAAUGGUCCUGUUAUAUGCAAAGAGCCAAAACAAAUGUUUCUGUUAACAGAAAGAACCCUGGGGUAAGCAAAUGAAAUAGGAGUUCAAAUUUUAGAUAUAUACAUGUAUGUAAAUGUAUAAAUGAGUAUGUUUGUUUAAUGACAGGGGACUUGCAGUGCAAAGUCACUCCAGUGUAUCAAAUGUAUUUACGUAGAAAAAAGAACAGUAUGUUAAAUGACAUUGUUUUUAUAUAUCUUUGAGUGCCUACUUUCAAAAACAAAUAAAUAUUCUUUGUCUCUGGUCCAAUA